AUGCAUCUUGGUACAUUCUGUGAAGCUCUAGAAUCGAAAAAAGAGAAUACGGUUGCUUUUGAUAAGGCAUAUUUAGAUAUUAUAUCAACCUUUUCGAUCGGAACUUUCGAAUUCGCUAGUUUAUCAAAUGAUCCUUCGUUAGAAUCAUUUAUUCAAUUAAUUAUAGAACCAUUUUCACGCAUCAAUCCAGAAAGCCAAGAAUCAAUAACUUUUACAGAAGCAAUCACAAAAUUCUUAAAAUCAUUUUCAAUUUCUUCUCCAUCAGUACAUAACUGCUUGGCAAAUCAUUUUCCUUUUCACAAAGUUAUCGAAACUAUUUCAAAUAAUACUCCGCCUGAAAUACAAAAGCAAUUACUCGAAUUAACGGCUAUUAUUUCUGAUGGAAUCUUAAAUCAGCCGGAUAAAGAACAAUAUGGUGAUAUGUUUCAUGAGCUUGUCCAUUUACUUACUGAAAGAUCAUGCUCUUCAUUUGCUUUAUGUACAAUUUCAAGUUUAUUGCGAUCAAGACCAUUAUUUUUAACUUUUGUACGCACAUCUCCAGAUCUGAAAACAUUUAGAGAUCUUGCAAUGGCUUCUCUUUCAUCAGAUGAUCAUUUAACAGUUCUUUCUGCUCUUUCAUCGCUUCUUUGUAUAUUUCCACGAAGUAUUGACGGGAAUACCGUAAAAGCUGCAGCAUUACAUGCAAUUUCUGUUUCAGGUGAUAACAUUCUCAUACUAAAAUGCGCAAUUCAUUUAUUAACAGAUAUAAGUGUGGUUGCAAUAUUAACAGAGGAAGAAAUAAAGCAAAUAUCAGAAGCUGCUGUAUCAUCUGUUGCAAUUAAAUCAAUGUUACUCUUUAAUUGUUUAAAUAGAAUUAUUAUUAAUCGUGAAUCUAAUUUCUUAUUAACAUUUGAAGAAGUUAGCAUUGAUAGUGUCAUUGAUGCAAUGGUUUCGACACCGUAUGGCUUUGUUUCUCAUGAAAUUUUGAUGAUGAUUGAACAACUUUAUUUCCAAAAUACAAAUCUCUUUGAUAAACUUGAGGAUACAGUUUCUCAUAUUACAAAGUCAUUGAGAAUAUUAUCUUCUCCGCCCAGUACACUUGAUUAUGAACUUCUUGAAGGAGCAGCAACAAUUCUAAAAUUCUUUUCUCAAUCAGAAAAGUUGAUUAUGAAUGUAAAAUCUACUUUAGAGAAAUAUGAAGAACAAAUAUUUGUUGCCUUUCAACGUCAGAUCGAAUCAAGUGAGCCAUAUGUUUCUUUGAUUUUUUUCUUAUUCAUAUCUUUCACUUCUUAUCACAUUGAUUCAUGGAGAAAGAGAUUAAGAUUAGUAAUCAUUGAUUCUCAGUUUUCGGCUCUUUUAGCACAUGUUAUUGAAAAUAUGACAGAUAGAAAAGCUUUAUUAGAUGCUGUAACAGCUCUUUCACAGAUAUCAAAGCUUGAAAUUGGUGAUAAAACAGCAGAUAGUAGCGUAUUAUUUGAUUCUAUCAUCUCGGGAUUCAUGACUAUCAAUUUGAGAUCUAAAGAAGAAAAGAAGAAAGUAGAGAUGUCUGUUGAUGGAAAAGUUGAAGAAGUGAAUAAGGCAACCGAGAGUUUGAAGGCAAGAAUAGAAUGCCAUGAAUUAGAAAUACAAUCAUUGUAUACUAAAAACGAAGAUCUACAAGCUGAAAAUGAUGAAAUGAAACAAAAAAUUGAAGAAUUGGAAAAAGAACUGAAAAAUUCUAAAGAAGAAAAUGAGAAAUUAAAUCAAACUAAUGCAGAUCUCCAAUCUAAAUUAGAUAAAGAAUUAGCCAAAACACAAGACUUAACAACAGAAAAUUUGCAAUUAAAGGCAUCAAAUUCUCAGCAGAAACAGAAAAUCGAUGAAUUAACGAAAUCUGUUGAAGAAUAUAAACAGCAGAUACAAAACCAUGUAAAAACAGAAAGAGAAAAUGCAGCUUAUGAAGUUAAGGUUGGAGAACUUCAAGGCAAAAUAGACAUGAUUACAAAAAAGAAUAAUGAACUGACAGUUUCAAAUGAAAGUCUUAAGAAUAAAUUGAAAGAUUUGAAAGCUGAAUUCGCCACAAAAAGCGAUGACUUCCAUAAUAUUGAUGUCGAACGCGAGAAAGCAAGUAUAGAAAUAAAUAACUUGAAGGUAGAAUUAAGACAGUCCGAAGAUGCAAGAAAGAACAUUCACGAUAAAUCAAGACUUCUUAAAGAAAAACUUCGUGAAACAAUUAAAGUUUUAGAAGAAAUGCAUCAAGUUCAGGUCGAAAACAGAAGAGAAAUCGCGGAUUUAGAAAGAAGAAAUGCAGAACUUAUGGCUGCUUUAACAAAUAUGGAAGCUGAUAAGAAACAAUUUGAAUUGAUUACUCAAUUCGUUCAUCGUAUUACUGAUGAAUCUCCAAUACCUCCAGAACAACUGUUAACUAUGCUGGAUGAGUCUAAAAACUAA